AUCGCGCUUAUCUUAUGUUUUGUACUGCAUGUGCGGAACCAAUAUGCACAAUGGCAGCUUUCAUGAAAUAGAAAUGUCAAAUCACUGAAAAAGUGAAAAUGUUUAAAAACACAGGCCUUUUCAAAGAUGUCCCAUGUCCAUACUUCUUGUUUGGUCUCUGUGAAAGACCGUACUGCCAUUUUAGACAUUCUAAACAUGAAGAAGCAAAAGCACGUAUUGAAGUUGAGAAGCUAUCCAAUCUUUACAAAGAAGCAGAUGAGAAUGAAACAGCUCCACAACCUGCAUCAUCCCUGCAGAGAACUCUCAUAGAUAUUGAAAACAGCAUAAAAAAUGAGAAGAAAAUUAUUGAAAACCAUGACAAACCAGAGCCUACAGAACCAACUAAAGUAGUUGCAAAAUUGAAAAACAACAAGCCAACUGGAACUCCAGAAUAUAAUCCAACACCUCUUACAGAGCUGAAGGAAAAACAAAGUAAAGGAGAGCUUAAGUCAGGUCGAUCAAAAUAUGAUCUAGCUUUGCUUGAUGAGCCUGAAACUGACAGUGAGUAUGACCCAGCCUGUAAUUAUUCAACAAAAUUCUCUUCUGUAUCCUAUUCUCAUAAUUCUGUGACCCACCAAGAGUCAGACAGAUUGCCGGAAUAUGCACAAUCUCUAGGAGCAGGAAUUAAACGCAAGUCUGAAACAGAUGAGAAUGAUGACAGUCAGCUUGCCAAGAUACCAAAAUUUAUGUCAGUUAGUUAUACACCAGCUUUGAAUGAAUCAACUGAACUUUCUGAGGAAGAACCUAUAGGUCAGCCUGAGGAUUGGUUUUCUGAUGAACAAAGUGAUAAGGAUAGUUUGAUUGGAGUUCAGCAUAAUUCAGCAGAUGAUAAAGUCAGUAACCCUGCAACAUCAAAUAAAAUAGAUACAAAAAAAACAGACAAAGAGAAUGCACAAAAUAUUUUGCCAAUUGAGUUUAAUAAAGAUGGAUCUGUAAAAUAUUUGUCUGACAUUACGUCAGAAAAGUCAGCUUCAGAUAAUAAAAAACCGAAGCCAAAAUCUCAACAAAAAGAGAAAAAGGUAGUGCAUAAUGAGUCAGUGACUGAUGAUAAUGAAACUGAAAUCCCAGAUAAGGGUGGUGGUAAUAUUUUUAAUCUGUUCAAAGCAGAGUUUGAUAGUGCUCUUGAGACCUGUGCUGAUGACGAAACUACUGACAUAGGUAUUGAAGACAAAAAACACAAAGUUAAACAUAAAUCUGGAAGUGAUAAAACAAAAGCCAUUGAAAAAUCAGAAUCCAGUAAGAAAGUGACAGAAAAGCAUAAUGUGAAACCAAGAUCUGAUAAAGUUUCAGAGUUGUCUAAUGACAGGAAAAGAAAUCACAGUUCUGAUAAGAACAAAAGUUCAGUGAAAAAUGGUGUUCAUAAACCUGACUUAUCACCUCUGAAGCAUAAACAUUCAUCAUCUGGAACUGAAAGACACAAACAUUUACAAAACAUGGAAGAUACUUCUGACAAACCAUCUCAUGAACAUGCUAAUCAUAAACAAACAAAACAUAAACAUAGUUUAUCUAGUACCCCUGGUAGCAAGCAUCGUUCCUCCAGUGGUGACAAAGUAAGUUCUUCACAAGAAAAACUCUCCAGCUCAGGGGUUAAACAUUCAUCAUCAAGCCAAAAACAUGGACCCACAUAUAAACACAGACAUAGUUCAUCAGAUCAUCAUAAGCCACUCUCAAGUAAUGAUAAACAUAGUUCAUCCAAUAGUGUGAAGACACAUUCAAGCUCAGAUAAACAUAAUUCUAGUAGGUCCAACAGCGAAAAAGCUCAUUCAAACAAAGAUAAAAACACUUCUGUAUCUAGUCAGCAGAAAAAUCGUUCUGUCAGUGCUAAACACACUUCAUCUAGUCUUCCAAAGCAAAGUCAUAAAAUUUCAUCAUCGUCUGAAAAAUCCUCAAAACUAAAACUGAGCAAAACUGAACGCCAUAGAAGUGGCGAAAAAUCUCCAAGAGCAGGUACAAGUAGUAAUAAAAUACACAAGGACAGAGAUGGGUCCAGAGCUCAUAGCAGCAGCAGCAACAAGAGUUCAGGCUCCAAAUCCACCCCUGACAGGGUACGUCAACAUUCAUCCUCAUCCAAGAAGAAAAACAUCUUAAACUUGGAUGUGGAUUUGUUUGGUGACGUAAAUAAUCAUGGAGGGGCUGCAGGCGAGCUCUCAGACUACGAUUCUGACCUGGAGAAAUACUUCACAGACGAAGAUCCCUUUGACGAGUGUCUGAGAAUUUUUAACGAAGAGCCAAGGAAAUCACACACUGCUGGAGCUUCAGAUAGAAAGAAGCUGAAGCGCCCUGCACCUGAGGACCCUGAACCUCCACCAGUCGGUGGCAAGAAACGCAUUGCUCUCAAAGAAAGUGACCCUGAAGCCAGGAAAAAGAAGAUUGACAAUCGCCCCCAGCCUAAGCCAUCACCCGCCCAGGUCAUGUUGAAUCGGUACCGUCAGAUGCAGGAAAAAGUUUUACGUGAGGAGGAGCAACAUAAGGAGAAGGUCAAGGUCAAAGUGAAGCAAAUCCAGCAGAAGAACAGGGAGAAGGCGGUCAAUUCGACUGCACCUCCAAAGCCAUCCCUGGCAAGUGCCUCAGCAACUUUCACCACAUACAUGGCUAACAAGAAUAAAAAGACAUCGGCAACAACUGUCGGCAAGGGGGUGAAGAGGACUGCUCAUGCUCCAACCAUACCAAUUGCGAAGCUGAAGCGUCCUACAGUUGAGGUCAAUACUAGCUCAAAGGUUGCCACAAAUGUCAGACAACGCUACCUCAACAUGUUCAUCGACGAAUUCCUCAAAACAUGUGCAAAUGAGGAGGAAGCUUAUAAUAAGGGAAAGGCAGAGGAGCAGGCUGUAUUCAAACGCUGCUCAAACAAGAACGUGUACCUGAACAUUGCCGUGAACACAAUCAAGCGUCUCCGGACAGCAGUGUUAGAGGGGUCAGGAAAGAAGACUGGUCACGUGACCCAGGUGAAGAUGUCACAUGCCUCAAUGCUGGAUGGGUCAGGCCCGGGAGCCUCUAAAGCUACCUACACUGUGAACCGUUCAGGAGGUGGAGUCAAGAUCAGGGAGGAGGAUUUUGAGGGGGUUGAGCUGUACCGUCGCCUCAAACCGUACAUCUUGACGGAGGAACAACUGAGGGAGAACAACUUUCCCCGGCCCGACCCCGAGAAGGGAGGGUCUGCUGUGUUUUACGGGGAGCAGCAAUACACGCAGAAAGCUGCAUUAAAAGGUUAUGAGAAGUUGUGUGUGCGGUGUGGGAAGGUGUUCGAGGUCUACCCUAAUGGUAAAUACCCCGUGAAACAGGAGUGUGUCUACCACUGGGGGAAGGCUUGGAAGAAGAAAAUUGCUGGUGCAAUAGAUACACGGUACACCUGUUGUCAAGGAGAUCUGGCCUCAGAGGGCUGUCAGGUUGCUAAGCUGCAUGUUCAUGAAAGCAACAAAAAGACCGAAACCAUGUCAGGGUUCAUGAAGACAAUUCCGGCGUCACCGGCUAUUGACGGGGAUUACGGAGUGUAUGCCCUCGAUUGUGAAAUGGUGUACACAACAAUGGGCAUUGAGCUUGCACGUGUCACGGUGGUGGGCCCCGACCAGGAGCCUGCGUACGAGUCUCUCGUGCUUCCUGAUAACCGCAUUGUGGACUUGAACACCAGGUUUAGUGGGAUCAGUGAAGAUGAUAUGGAGGAUGUGACUACUACAAUAAGGGAUGUCCAGGCUGUCCUGCUGUCCCUAUUCUCGGACCAAACCAUUCUCAUGGGACACAGUCUGGAAUCUGACCUUAUGGCACUCAAGAUGAUCCACAAUACAGUGGUUGACACCUCUGUCGUAUUUCCUCAUCGCAUGGGCCGACCGUUCAAACGAGCCCUGAGAAACCUCAUGGUAGAAUACCUCAAGAAAAUCAUCCAGGAUGAUGUUGGUGGUCACGACAGUUUGGAAGAUGCUAACGCCUGUCUUCAACUAAUGCAGUAUAAGCUGAAGGACGAUGAGCGGAAAGAAGCGCGGCGACUCUCAUCUUGAUAGGAAAAUAAUAAAAAGGGGAAGCAAAUCUUAUUUGAAAUGGGAGAAAAAAGGGGAGAAGACUCAUAUUGAUAGGGGAAAUCUAAAGGGGAAGUAAUUAUUACUUUAUGAUGAGAAGAGAAAGGGAUAAGUCAUCUUGAUAGGGAAAAAAUGAAGAGGGGAAGCAACUCUUGCUUUAUGAUAGGAGAAAAAUUAGAGAAGACUAAUCUCCUCAGGAAUAGCUAAAGAGGGGAAGCAACUCUAAGUUUACAAUAAGAGGAAGGUAGCGCUGGCUAUUUUCAUUUUAAAAUUUGGUUUCCAUGCGUUUUUGAUAUGGACUGGAGUGGACUGUAGGUUGGAAAAAAACUGAUUCUAGCGCACACACUUCAUAGAUUUUAAUACGUGUUAAUCUGUCUAGUAGUGGAAAUGAAAUAAUUCAAUAAUUGAAUCAUUAUUUUUUAUUUGAUUUGAUUUAAAGGUUGUAUGUUGUCAUAGACAGGCUAUGAAUCGGAAUGUGUGUUUAUGUACAGUGAACCUGGGGCUAUAUUUAAUAACCAACUUAGAUCAAGCUUAUGUUAAUGAAUAUCUUGAGUGUUCUGAUUGUACUGUAAAAAAUAAUUGGCCGAUAGACUGAAUGGAAUCACUGAGGCAUAUCUGAGCAUAAGGAUAAGACUAAUGUUGAUACGGCCCCUGGUGUGGUAUUAUGAAGAUAUGCGUGAUUGUGCUGGUGCCAAGAUUCUGAUCUUGAACAAUAAAUUCAAACUUGCUUUAAAGAAAACAGCAGGGGUAUUGUGCAAGCCUUGGUUCUAUAACUACAGGUGCCGUAGGUAUGCAAAAAAUAGUCAACUUGGACAUAUCUAAACAUUAUUUUAAGAUAUUCACUUUAAACUAAGUACACAUAUUGCCAAAGACAAUAUGCAAACAUUAGUAAGGCCCAUAGCUGUGGCUUAAAAAUGUUUUUUAUAAAUGUUUAGUUUUACCAUUUUUCAACUGAAAAAACAAAAAAACAACAGGCAAUUGUCUACAUUGGUGGUUCUCAUGUAAUAUUUAUUAUCAGAAAUUUUGAAAAUUCUGUUGUGAUUUAUCUGCCAGUAUUAUUUUCAGAGUUGUUGCAUUUGUCAAAACUGUUAAUAAAGAAAUACUAUACCACCUGGUAGGUGUAAUUAUUCGGGUACAAGUGCUUGAUAGAUUACAAGGAUACCACAACACAUGUGACAGUUUUGAUGAAAUUAUUUAUAUAUGUAUAUAUACAUGUAACUAAUUUGUAUGUUCAUAAGAUAUAUUUAUAUGAUGUUCAGUUCAUUCAUAUCGAUAUCUUUGUAUUGACGGAAUAAAAUGUCACAUUUUGUCUGAUUAUUUGUGUUGAUGUCCUAUAUAUGUUUCAUAAACAUGUAUGUUUAUUUUUGUCAAUAAAUUUACGCAUUGAAUUAUCCUCAAUGAAAAUGUAACAGAAGCCCACAUCAACAGUUUUGAUAAAAACUUACUUAAAAUGAGAUUGUUCUCUUUUUGGAAACUAUGUAUUGUUUGUUUUGUUUUGAUACGUAAUCAUUAAGUUAUUAAAAGUACAAACAUUG